AUGGCCGACACCGUCAUCCUCGGCGCUGGUAUUAUCGGAGUAUCCACGGCAUACUAUCUCUCAAAGUAUCAACCUGGGAACACCAUUCACCUUGUCGAUUCCUCCCCAGAGCUCUUCGCUUCGGCAUCCGGAUAUGCAGGUGGUUUCUUAGCAAGGGACUGGUUCGGCACAGGCGUCGCCUCCCUGGCAGCACUGAGCUUUGACGAGCACAAGAGGCUCGCAGAGCGUCACGACGGCGCCUCCAAGUGGGGUUACUCCAGGAGCACCUCUCUCAGCUACACCGCCGCCUCCCAGACCCGUGGGAGGAAAUCUCAGAGGGGAGAGGACUGGCUACGCUAUGGAUCAAGCAGGGCCAACGCCGCCGGCGGUUGUGCGAGUGACGACUCUGAAAACGGUGGCGUACUGCCACCUUGGCUGCGCCGCGAGGAUGGCGACGCAGUGAAGCCGAUUGGGGAUGACAGGACAACGGCCCAGGUCGAUCCGCUACAGCUGUGUCACUUCCUGCUCGACCAAUGUCUCGCCAGUGGCGUUCAACUCUGCCAGCCCGCCAAGGCCAUCGCCGUCAUGAAGGAUAUCCGGGACGAACUGUCCAGCAUCAGGAUUGCCGAAACGCAAUCAUCCACAGAGACCGAUGUUCCCUGCACCAGACUGAUCAUCACGGCGGGAGCGUGGUCACCGAAAGUAUUCAAAGAGCUAUUCUCAAAAUCGCAGAGCAGAUUGCCCAUCUCGAGCCUGGCAGGCCAUUCGUUGGUACUGAAGUCGCCACGAUGGACAGCGGAGAUGGAGAAGAGGGGAUGUCACGCCCUGUACGCGACGAGCAAGACAGGUUUCUCGCCCGAGAUAUUCUCACGGGUCGGAGGGCAGAUUUACGUUGCCGGGCUAAACUCGGCCGAAAUGCCGCUGCCGAACCUGGCCACGGAGAAACCGAUCUCGCGUGACGCGAUCAACGAGCUCAAGAAGGUAGCAGCCAAGCUACUCGGACCUGAGGGCGCAGAUGCUGACGACCUCGAGGUCGUGAGGGAGGGGCUCUGUUUCCGGCCAGUCACGCCCUACGGAACCCCUAUCAUCUCAAGGAUCGACGAUGAGCACCUGGAGGAAGGCAUCACAACACGCCCUGACGGCGAGGGCGGCGUGUUCCUGGCUGCAGGUCACGGUCCGUGGGGAAUAUCCCUCAGUCUGGGAACCGGAAAGGUGCUCGCAGAGAUGGCACAAGGGCGACGCAUUAGUGCUGAUGUGAGCUCUCUGGUGAUGUGGUGA